AUGAGCCGCUACCUGCUGCCGGCGUCGGUGCUGGGCACCGCGGUGGGUGGCGCCGUGCUGCUCAAGGGCUGCAGCUUUCGCAGAGUUCUGAACAGAUGAAUGACACGAUCUGAACUGUGCUCUGGUGAGGUCUGUCUGGCCAGGAUGUGCAGGACAGGGUGGAGGGGACUAUGUUGCUGGUGGGACUUGUCCCAGCAAGGCCGCCAUACCCGGGAAGACAGUCAUCGUCACGGGAGCCAACACAGGCAUCGGGAAACAAACUGCCUUGGAACUGGCCAGAAGAGUUUAGAUACCUUGGUCGCUUCACCCAUCCUGGCUGAUGCCCAAGCCACCAGCCCUAGGAAGCCGAAGUCCUCCUUUGGUCUGUGGCCUCGCCUGUUCCGGGGGCUCUGGUCAGCAGCAGUGACCGAUGUGGUGACUCCAGGGUCCCCUGCUCUCGAGGCAGUGCGUCCUCCUCUUUUUGGGCUGAGUAACACCCGCCACAGGCUGGACCACAGUUUGCUCAUCCAUUGGCCUGUGGCGGACACCCAGGUCCACUUCUGGCCAUCGGGAACAUGCUGCUGUGAAUAGUGGGGGGAGGUGGACGUCGCCUCCUGUUUCUGGGACCCUGGGGGUGCUCUGUUUGCUCUGUUAUCUCGUGUCCCCCCGGGCUUCAGGAGGCAACGUCAUCCUGGCCUGCCGAGACAUGGAGAAGUGCGAGGCCGCGGCCAGGGACAUCCGUGGGGAGACCCUCAAUCACCGCGUCAGCGCCCGGCACCUGGACCUGGCUUCCCUCAAGUCCGUCCGGGAGUUUGCUGCGAAGGUCAUUGAAGAGGAGGAGCGGGUGGACAUUCUGAUCAACAACGCUGCCGUGAUGCGGUGCCCGCACUGGACCACUGAGGACGGCUUCGAGAUGCAGCUUGGCGUCAACUACCUGGGUCACUUCCUCUUGACGAAUCUGCUGCUGGACAAGCUGAAAGCCUCGGCGCCUGGGCGCGUGGUCAACCUCUCGUCCCUGGCCCACGUCGCCGGGCACGUGGACCUCGAGGACCUGAACUGGCAGAGGAGGAAGUACGACACCAAGGCCGCCUACUGCCAGAGCAAGCUGGCCCUGGUCCUCUUCACCAAGGAGCUGAGCCGGCGGCUGCGAGGCACGGGUGUGACCGUCAACGCGCUGCACCCUGGUGUGGCCAGGACGGAGCUGGGCAGACACACGGGCAUGCACAGGUCCACCUUCUCCAGCUUCACACUCGGGCCCAUCUUCUGGCUGCUGGUCAAGAGCCCCCAGCUGGCAGCGCAGCCCAGCACCUACCUGGCCGUGGCGGAGGAACUGGAGGGCGUUUCUGGAAAGUACUUUGAUGGAUUCAAAGAGAAGGCACCAGCUCCCGAGGCUGAGGAUGAGGAACUAGCCCAGAGGCUUUGGGCUGAAAGUGCCCGCUUGGUGGGCUUGGACAUGUCCCAUGGGUCCCCUGUGAGGGGACAGUCCCUGUCCAGGUCACCUCUGGAGCAGGUUUGAAAGCCACUUGGGUCUCCAGGAUGGAGCUUCAAGAUCCAGGAUGCUGCCAGCCUUGCCUCUGUCAUUCUCUAGGGGACAGUGUUGGCACCAUGUGAGCCUCAAGACCAAGGGCACAGGCUGCCACACCCUCGCCAU